UAUGCUAACAUCAACCGUUGUGGAAAAUUACCCGUCGAGUUUUCAUCCGUCCACGGGAGAAUUAGGAAUAUAGAGAAGGCCGAAUAUAUCAUGUCGUCGGCAAGAAACCCGCGGUUUAAAGCUUGUGCCGCUUGUACCAGAGCGAAAAGGCCGUGUUCUAAGCGGCUACCCCGUUGCGACCGUUGCGAACGGAGAAACAUCCCGUGUAGAUAUCCACCACCUUACCUGACGGCUCGAGACUACGCAGAGACGGACAGCGGGUCAGCAGCAACAGAAGCAAGCCUUACCCGCACCGGAGCGGCACUGCCGAUUCACGUAGUCUCAUUUGAACCCUCCUACCCUAAAACGAGCGAGGCGCAACCUGGGGAUCCGUUCCAUCCGUGUUGCGCAGGGUUCCCGGAGAAUACGAAGACUCUUCCGCUGGGGCACGAUUGGUUCUACAGGUCCGACUCGUGGACAAUUUCACGCAGCAACACCCCCUCGUUUCCUACCGAAGCUUUUGAUGUCAGAGCCUUGAAACAGUAUAUCACCACCGUCCAAUCAUGGCUGCGUCUCUGGGUAGCAACGGGCAGGUCGCCAUUUAUCCACCACCGCUUGUACAGCCCAAAAAUGCCUCGCUGUGUCCAAGACGCCUAUACGGCUUUGACGGCUUAUCUCGCACGUACUCCCGAGAGCUCAGAGAUCUGCUUCCAAAUAAUUCGAGAUCGAGCCGAAGGACUUGUCGAGGAAGCUCAGCCAACGGGCGGAUCUAUGCCCCUGGAUCCAUUUGAUCACCUAGCCCGCGUGCACGCGCUUUUCGUUUAUCAGAUGAUUGGCCUGUUCGAUGGCGAUAUUGAGUUGCGGGUCGAGGCCGAAAGUCGCAUAUCGACGCUUACCUCCUGGGUAGCAGAGAUGUGGGAUAGCGCAGAGCUGGAUGCUAGUCUGUACUCAACAAUGCUCGCUCUCGAACAGGAUGUGGGCAGCAGCGAGGGCACACCAACUGCAGCCCCAACAGAUGAGACAACAGCCUGGCGACGCUGGAUAUUAUCAGAGAGCAUCCGCCGCGCUUGGAUUAUAGUAACUAUUACGCAGUCUAUAUACCUGCUCUUCAAAACAGGGUGGUCUCACUGCCCCGGUAGCGUUAAUUGGACGCCUCGCGCCGGCGUCUGGGAUGCCCCUGACCAGUACGACUGGUGUAAACUGGUUAUGAGCGGUUCGGGGCCCUUGUUCAUCCCGGGCCUACGCGCUGACGUGUUAUAUAAGGAGGCGUCCCCUUCAGAAGUUGACGAGUUUGGACACGCCGUAUUAAUCGCCGAGUUUGGAUCGGAGAGUAUGGCGAAAUGGAAAGCCCAUGCCGCGUAGUAAUGCUUCACGCUCAGAGAUACGAUAACCUAGGUACAUAACUGGGUCGACGCCUAAAGGGUCCAGAGUAAGACUUUGGAGUUGGCAUAUGCACGAGACACUUUGAUACUGUAUCAACUUAGCCCUCAGCCUUCGUAGCUACUUUACAUCCGCUAUCCGGAAAGGUUAGCAAUAUAUUUAACACUUUCUUGCCAUUUACAUAUAUGUGGUAUUCCACG